UACUUGUGACUUGCCAAACAGUGACUUGGUCCCACCUCUGGGAAUUACACCCAGGCACACAGCAGACAUAUUCGUAACUGAUACAAUCCACAACACACACAACCGUACAGAACUCGAACUUCCCACCCUGAGUAUGACGUCAAAACAAGAUGGCCGCCGUGUGAAUAUGGUGAAUUCUGACUGUGACGUGAUUUAAGCAUACCGCAAAGUCCUGUAAAAUAUGUAAUUUUAAUGUAGCCCAAAAUGAUAGGCUAUUAAAAAAAGUCAGACUUUCUGCCCUACCAAAAUGUAUGGUCACCGCACGCUACUGGUUCCAUGAUUAAUAUCAGACUGCAGUGUGGUUGUCAUGAAGAUCCAAAUUGACGGCUUCAUUAGCUUAAGGACUGUUUCUUCUUUCAGAUUUUUUAAAAGUAGAUCAUCACAACAAUCACAUGAUCAAUGGCUAAGCUAUUUAAAUGUACUAUUCAUUUGACAAUUUGUUGUUAAAAAAGGCCACUAUGCAUACUUUUGUCGAUAUUCUUUUUUCCCUCUGACUGAAAGGAUGGGGACACUGACGUCACCACAGCUUCACUUCACUGGAGCAAGUCCCUGCAAGAAGUGAGUGUAACGGGAGCGACAGGUGCGGUCCCGGGGAGUUGUGUGAGCAGCCUACUUUGUCCAUAGACAGCAGGAGCAGUUGAGGUUCACACAUUAUCACCAUGGCGGAUGGAGGAACUUGUUUCAUGAUCUUUCUCAUUCUUCUAAAUACGUUUGGGGCAGCAGCAAGCCUGGCUCUUUUUGCCCUGGCCAUUUGGGUGGCAGUGGAUGGAUAUGAGUUGUAUCCCAUAUCAGGGGUCUCUGGAAAGGACGAUAUCUUUGCCGGAGCUUGGAUAGCAAUUUUCACGGGCUUCGCUUUCUUCUGCACUACUGUCUUUGGCAUCUUGGCCGUAGUGAAGAGCAGCCGUCUACUCGUCCUGCUGUACCUGAUAUUGAUGUUUAUAAUCUUCAUCUUUGAAUGUGCAUCCUGCAUCACAGCAGCAACCCACAGAGACUAUCUGGUGGGCAACAGCAACCUAGUGAAGAAACAGAUGCUGAAAUAUUACGCUGAUGACAGCUUUGCAGGACAACAGAUCACAGUGACCUGGAACAGGAUGAUGCGUGAGGUUGAAUGCUGUGGAGCAGACCGUCCACAGGAUUGGAUAGAUUAUAAUUCCACAUUUAGGAUGACAUACGGCACGACGUACCCAUGGCCCCAGCAGUGCUGCAAGAGACUCAGCAGUUUUGAGGUGGCAGACGUGGAGGGCUGCAAGGCAGGGCUGGCCAGCACCCUCUUCACCAAGGGCUGUUUUGAUCACAUUGAGUCGGUGUUUAGUCGGUACACCUGGGCUGUGAGCUGGUACGGCUUCUCGGUCCUCAUGUUCAUGUUCUGGUUAAUGCUGCUGACCAUGGGGUACUAUCUAAAGAUUUGAAGAAGAGGGAUUUCUUCUGCAACCACAGCACAUCAGAUGGUUUCUAUAUACCGGCAUACUACGCAAGGAACACAUAUCUUCAUCUGUAUAUCUCUUGUUAUGGUAUUUGUAUUUUACAUUUCUUUUGAAAAACAAAAAAAGAACCAACUUGCCAGAUGCCAACAAUGUUUGAAUACCUUGAUUUCAGAUUUGCUUUAUCUGUUAUAAUUUCAAUUCAUUCUGUUCUAUUUAAAAAGGUACACCAUGCAGGUUUAGGUAUUUUUUGGCGACUGUAGAGCUCCCUCAGAGUCGCAAUAUAUUUACAGUGCAUGAAAA